UACAUGCCAGUUUGGUGUGUUAAGAACACAUUCACCUUUAUCAGGUCCAAAGAAAGUAAUUUUUCAGAAAUACACAAAAUAGAGUCAUGAAAGAUAAAACCCGGUCUACUCCUUCUAACAUUUCAGACAAGGAGCUAUUAAGUUGCUGGAACAUGGAUGACUGCUAUUUGAAAAGACGGGCCACAGUUACACACCAAAGAAUGGGCACAACUGCAUAUAAAUCAGGUGACUGCACAAGAAGGGGGUUCUUCUCGAGAGGCUCCAGACUAAUACCAACUCUGUGUGCCUUUGGACAGAACAAGGACAGCAUUUAUCCUUUCUGCUCACUGCCAAACUGCCCAGAGUAGGUUCUGUAUCGCCCAGACAAAGGAGUGUGGAUGCAAACACAAACUUUUGGGCAUUUACGCUGACAGCGGCACUGAUGCUAACGGAACUCCCGGACACGAGUAGAAGAGGAAUCAUGAAGCUCAGCAGCCACAAGCUGCCGUGGAUGGUACAGUUUCUGUUGUACGGCACCUGUGUGCUGACCCUGGUCAACUCAGGGGGGCUGUUCGUCCUCCUGGUCCAGCAGACCCAGCUGUCUGCCCGGCUCGUCCUUCAGGAGGGCCGACUGCAGGAGAUCUCGGAGAGCUCCGUGGUGGAGUUCCUGUCCCAGGUCAGGGGCCCCGAGGACCAAGGGGAGCCGUCCCAGAGCUCACGCAACAAGAGGAGCCAGGAGCUGCACCACGCGCAGGAGGAGCUGCUCCACGCCACUCAAGGUGUCCACCAUGGACAGGGCAUACACAGAGCGGAGCAGCAAGGGGACAUGAUGAUGAUGAUGACCUACUCCAUGGUGCCAGUGAAGAUCCUAUUAGACAUCUGUAACAGCACAAAAGGAGUCUGCCUCACUGGGCCUCCAGGACCAGCAGGUCUGCCUGGCACUGACGGGAUGCCUGGGCACAAUGGGACAGAUGGAUUACCGGGGCCUAAAGGAGAGCCCGGGGUGGAGGGGAGACGAGGGAAAAGAGGUCCUCCUGGGGAGAAGGGUGAGCCAGGAGAGAAGGGAGACAAAGGAAACCCUGGACCACCUGGAGAACCAGUCGAGGCCUCCAAUGACGUCCUCUUAGAAGGUCCACCAGGUCCACCUGGCCCUGCGGGGCCCCCUGGUCCGGCUGGACCCCCAGGUCCUCCUGGUCCUCAAGGACCGGCCAGAAACAGGACCCAUCGAGCUCACCAUCAUGCAGCUCAGAAAUCUAUCAGAUUACUCCAUGCUAUUCCAAAUGACUCGACUGGCAAAGAGGGAGCAAAAGAAAAGGGGUCAGUUGGGAAGAAAAAAGAUUGCGUUAUAAGAGCACUUGGCAAACCCGAGAGCAUAGCCAAGAUGUGGAGCACAUUUGGAACCUGGAUGAAAGAUGCAGCUGUGUCUGACGAUGAGCGGAUCUGGGUGGCAGACCACUUCUCUGGUCGAACUAUGCGGGUAUACAAGAACAUUGCAGCAUUCCAGAACGGCAGCAGUGAUACCAUCGAUGUUGGGAAAUUCUUUCAAGGCUGUGGUCACAUUGUACACGGUGGCUCAAUAUAUUACAACAUUGCUGGCACUUUCAAAAUUGCCAAAUAUGAGCUUCAGACCAAAAGGUUACACACCCUGUCCAUUGAAAAUGCACUGUACCAUAAUCUGGCUUACCUGCUGUUCAACUCCAAGACGUACUUCAAAUUGGCGGUGGAUGAGAACGGCCUAUGGCUCAUCUUCGCCUCCAGUCUCGACGAUACCAUCAUGGUGGCCCAGCUGGACGAGAAAACGUUCUCAGUCUCGGAGAUCGUCAACACCAGCUACCCUCGCACCAAGGCUGGGAAUGCCUUCAUUGCAUGUGGGGUUCUCUAUGUCACUGACACCAAAGACAGCAGGGUAGCCUAUGCCUUUGAUCUCCUGAAGGGUAAGCCCGUGAAUGUCAGUUUUGAUUUCAGAGCGCCUGCUGGCAUUUUGGCCAUGCUCUCAUACAUGCCUCGAGAGAAACUUCUGUUUGUUUGGGACAGCACCUAUGUGAAAUCAUACAAAGUGCAUUUUCUCUCUGAUUGAUGAGGUUAAAAUGGGCUAAAAGAAUACUCAGUUCUUGUGAUGAAUGAAUAUGAUGUACCACUGUCUGAUGUGCACUAUAGCGCGGAGUAAUCUUUCGUAAUACAUUUAAACACGAUUUGUCCCGAUCAUUUUUUGUGCUAGGCUGAAGAGGUUAGUGUGCUCUGUAUGAUGUGCACUGUUUUCAUGUAGUGCUUUUAUAUUGUUAUAUUGUGCAGUUUCAUGAUGUGCUUAUUACACUGGUGUGUUUUAUUCCUGAAAUGCACCCCUAUCUCCACCCCCAGUGGAUUGUGAAUCCUGCCAGUGUUCACGUAUACUAUUAAAUUAUGGGAAUUGGACAAACAA